GGGGCGUCUGCCUGGGUGGGCAGAGGGGGCCGGGGAGGGAGAGCGUCGCUUAGCUCUGUUCUCGCAGCCUCUAGCGUAUCUCGAGAGAUUGAGAGUCAGGGCAGCAAAGCGAGGGUGUACGGCGAGAUGCUGCACGUGGACAUACCCUUUCCCAUUCCUGAGCCUGAUGGAUGCAAGUCUGGGAUCCAGUGCCCCAUUCAGAAGGGCCAUUCCUACAGCUACCUGAAUAAACUCCCUGUGAAGAGCGAGUACCCCAGUAUUAAACUGAUUGUGAAGUGGGAGCUGGUGGAUGACCAAGACCAGAUGUUGUUCUGCUGGAAGAUACCAGUUCAGAUCACCAGCUGAGGAGCCCUGCUAGUAGUAGGGCUUGGGGAAGGGAAAAACAGAAGACAACACAGGCCAAAUUCUUUUAUAUAAUAAGCAUUUCUUACUGUUUCCUUCAGAGCUCUGCAGCCAGUACUGUGUUCCUGCAAGGUCAGCUGUGGGCAGAGGGCUUUUACUCCAUUUAGAGCCCCCUGGGGCGUUCUUGCAGCAGCUCGAUGGGCAACAGAGUCUGCUGCAGGAGUGACUGAGCAUCGUCCUCCAGCCACUCUGCAGAGGCACUUUAGUUGUUUGAAAUGGAGCUGUCUGUCCUCACAAAGGAAUUUCUCUGAUGAACCUGGCUGGUUUCUGAGCUGCUACCUGGUAACCCUUCAGUGCCUCUUCUAGACCGCCGGCUGCAUUCACCCUCCUGUGCUCUUCCUGCUCCAUCGCAACUGGGAUGCCCCGGGACCAGCAUUUGCCAUCCAUGCAGCUGAAGGAGUGGGAAGGAGAGGAGGCUUUCCCCGAGCUGGCAGCCUGCUGUGUCCUGGGCCCCCGUUCCACCCAGCAGGACUGUGUCUGUGAAAACUUUUUUUGUGGAUGCAAAGCUAAAUAGCAUUCAAUGUCUCUGCAGGGAUGAUUCUUUCUCUAACCAACAGUUUGCACUACUACUAACUCAGAGCUGCUGGGAGCUCCUAAACCUCUUUUUAUAACUUUCCUUUUAAUAAAGGCUAGACAA